UGUAAAUGUUAAACAAUGUACCUGAACCGUGCAUUGAAACUCAUUUUUUUUUCUUCUCAGAAACUGACAUUUUUUAAAUGAUAUUUUUUUCAGAGAAGAUGGAAGCUCUCUUGACACGGCCGAAUCAGGUAUGAUUCCACGCACGGGUAAAUGAAAGGCGAGGAUGGACGAUUUAACAAGAUCAUUUUCCAGCGGGAGCAGUAUAAGCUACUCAGUUUGUCGUAGUCUCAGCAGUCCAAGGUUGUUGAGUGAUGAGACGGUUCUAGGAUCUCCAAAUAGUCUUCAUGAUGAAACCUACUCCGACCCUCAGCACUCUCAGGGUAUACUCACUAGGGUUCAGAGUUUUGCUACAAGUGGUGUGUUUACUGACGUAACCCUCAUUUGUGGCGGAGUUGAGUUCCCGGCGCACAAACUUCUUCUCUCCGCCGCUUCGGACUAUUUCUCCGCCAUGUUUACCAGCGGCAUGGUGGAGGCGGAGAGGGAUAGAGUUGAGAUACAUGGGAUGGAACCUGGGGCACUCAAGGUGCUAGUCGACUACUGUUAUACAGGUAAAGUUGAACUACAUGAAGAGAAUGUAGAGAAUCUUCUAUCUGCAGCUUGUCUUCUCCAACUCCCAGCUGUGGUUGAUGCCUGCAGCACCUUCUGUCGGAAACUACUCCACCCCUCCAACUGUAUAGGGAUACAACGGUUUGCAGAUACUCAGGGUUGUCUACAGUUACGAGAUUAUUCACAAAGAUUUACAGAGGACAAUUUUCAGGAUGUUAUGAAGAAUCAGGAGUUCAUGUUACUUCCAGCAGCAGAACUGGAGAAUAUACUCAGCUCUGAUGAUCUGAAUGUUCCAAGCGAGGAGAUUAUAUUUCAAGGAUUUAUGGAUUGGGUUAACUACGAUCUUACAACCAGAAAAGAAUACGCCUCGCGUCUGCUCGCGUGUAUUCGUCUUCCUCUUCUCUCUCCUCAGUACAUAGCGGACAAUAUUGAGAACCAACCUGUGCUGAAAAGUGAUCCUGAGUGCCACCACUUGAUCUUAGAAGCCAUGAAGUACCAUCUUCUCCCGGAGCGAAGAUCUCUUCUUCAAUCUACUCGAACCUGUCCACGGAAAUCCACCGUAGGAUAUCUUUACGCCGUGGGAGGGAUUGAUACAAGUAAGGGAGCUAUUAGUAUAGAACGGUAUGAUAUGAGAACUGAUACCUGGGGACAGUUUGCCUCAAUGACUGGGCGCAGGUUACAGUUUGGUGUUUGUGUGGUUCAAGGAAAACUCUACGUGGUUGGAGGAAGAGACGGGCUGAAAACAUUGAAUACUGUUGAGUGCUAUGAUCCAACAGAACGGACGUGGAUCCAAGUUCCGCCCAUGAGUACACAUAGACAUGGUUUAGGGGUUGCAGUACUUGGAGGACCUCUGUAUGCUGUGGGCGGGCAUGACGGAUGGAGUUAUCUGAAUACAGUAGAGAGAUUUGAUCCAGCAACCCGUCAGUGGAGUCCUGUAGCUCAGAUGACUACUCAGAGAAGUACGGCCGGAGUAGCAGUGUUGAAUGAUAAAUUGUACGCAGUUGGAGGACGGGACGGAUCAUCUUGUCUCCGGAGUGUGGAAUCAUACAAUCCUCACACUAACCAGUGGAACCUUGUUGCCAACAUGUGCCGGAGACGUGGUGGUGUCGGAGUAGGAGUUCUUAAUGGAUUCAUCUACGCUGUCGGAGGACAUGAUUCUCCAGCUGCCACAAAUCCGAACCAGUCCAGGUUUAGUUGUAUGGAGAGAUAUGAUCCUUCUACGGAUACAUGGACCUUAGUGGCGAGUCUGUCGAUCGGACGGGAUGCGAUAGGUGUUUGUGUACUCGGAGAAAGGCUGUUUGCAGUUGGAGGAUAUGACGGAUCAGGAUAUCUCUCAUUGGUGGAGAGCUACGAUUCUAGGGAUAAUACUUGGCGUCAAGUUGCUUCACUGAAUACUGGAAGAGGUGGACCUUGUGUUGUUGUUGUGCAGAAGUAAUGCCUAUGUUGUUCAAAAGUAGUGCGACGCAACACUUAAGUAACACCUAGUAAUACUUCUAAUGCAGUAGAAAUCUGCGUUUAUAUUUUUUUAGAAUGUUUAAUCAAACCAAAAAAAAAAUUAU